AUGAAGUUUUCGCAUUCGCUGCAGUUCAAUGCAGUCCCCGAGUGGGCGGAUAAUUACAUUGCCUAUUCCAACCUCAAGAAGCUCAUCUACGUGCUAGAAAAGGCGCACUUGUCUGGGGAUGUACAGCCGGAUGAAGAGGCGGAAACGUUGUUGAGUGCAAGUGAUGAAGAGCUCGACCAGCGCUUCAUGAGCGCACUCGAUAAAGAGCUUGUCAAGAUUGACCGCUUCUACCAAUUGAAAGAGCAAGAAGUCUUUGACAAAUUCAAAGAGAUUGAUGCAGAGCUAUCGACGUUUGAAGCGGAGAAUGACUAUGGCGAUUUUGCAAGCCCUUAUGAUACUGCAAAUCGAAAGCAGCGGCCGUCUGUUGCGCGCAGUCACCGCAGAAGAACCAUGUCUGGCAGUCAGACGAAGCGGCGUUCGUCAACUGAAGACAACCGACUCGUCAACAUCUCAACACAGUCGUCUGAUUCGAACGCGCCACGCGAGUCUGCUAUCGAAGACGAAUACGACGAGGAUGAGGAAGAUCCUUUUGAUGCGUUUGCCGAGUAUGAAACACAGAUAGCGCUCAAAAAGCGUGUCGUGUCGCUUUAUGUCGAGUUGUGCGAGUUACGCUCCUUCUCCAGUCUCAACAGCACUGGGUUCGCAAAAGCCCUCAAAAAGUUCGACAAGACCCUGAAUCGCGAUUUGCGGUCCGGCUAUCUCACCAAGGUGGCAGACACUUAUCCAUUCAAGGAAGACACCAAAAACAAACUCUCGAGCCAAAUCAUUGCAGCAACUAAAAUGUACGCAAAAGUCACAUCCAACGACUUUGAGACUGCAAAAAAAGAGCUCAAGACGUACUUGAGAGAGCAUGUUGUCUGGGAACGCAAUACCGUUUGGCGCGAAAUGAUCAACAUUGAGAGACGUGCUGAAGCAGCAUCCGUCAAUCAAUUCAGGUCAUUGUUGGGCCAAGAUACUGGCAAUGCAAAGUCCACCAACAAGCUUUCUGUCGUGCUACGCAAUCCGACGCUGUGGACGCUCCUCGUCAUUUUUGGCGUUUUCAUUGCUUUGUUAUUUUUGCCUACACUAGAAGCUGUUGAGCAGAGCAACUGCUUGGCAUUGCUCAUCUUUGUUUCACUGCUCUGGGCGACCGAGGUCAUUCCUCUUUUUACAACGUCGUUGCUCGUACCGCUACUUGUCGUCUUGCUCAGGGUCGUGAGAAGCGACGACGCCAAGCAUCACCGCCUCGGAGCCCCAGCCGCAACAAAGUACAUCUUUAGUGCCAUGUGGACGCCCACCAUCAUGCUCCUCCUUGGCGGAUUCAGCAUUGCUGCAGCACUCUCGAAAUACCAUAUCGCAAAAUUGCUCGCUACCAAGAUUCUUAGUCGUGUUGGGACCAAUCCACGGAUGGUCUUGCUUGCCAUCAUGUUCGUUGCGGCAUUCGCGAGUAUGUGGAUUUCUAACGUUGCUGCGCCUGUUCUCUGCUUCUCCAUCAUUCAACCUAUUCUUCGUACCUUGCCGAAUGGUUCAGAAUUCGCCAAGUGUCUCAUCAUCGGCAUUGCACUUGCCUCAAAUGUCGGUGGCAUGGCUUCACCGAUUGCAAGUCCACAGAAUAUUGUCGCUCUACAAAACAUGUCGCCACCACCAAGCUGGGGCCAGUGGUUUUUUAUCUCCAUUCCAGUAUGCACUUUAUCAAUUCUGCUUAUAUGGGCUUUGCUGCUAUUUGUCUUUCGAAGCAAAAAGGGGGCUGAGCGGACAGUUAUUCAACCGAUUCGUGCGAGCAAGGAUGAAUUUACUCGGUUGCAAUACUUUAUCAGCUUCAUUACGCUUUUGACUAUUGCACUCUGGUGUGUAGAGCGUUCUAUGGAGGGUUUCUUCGGUGAUAUGGGCGUCGUGGCUCUCAUUCCGCUCGUUGUCUUUUUCGGUACUGGAAUCUUGACGAAGGAAGAUUUCAACAAUUUCCUAUGGACAGUCAUCAUCUUGGCCAUGGGUGGCAUUGCACUCGGCAAGGCAGUCAGUUCUUCAGGCUUGUUACAAACCAUUGCUCUUGCCAUACGGCAUGGCGUGGAGGGCAUGUCACUCUAUGGCGUCUUUUUAGUGUUUGCAGCGUUGAUUCUAGUGGUGGCGACUUUCAUCUCGCAUACCGUCGCUGCAUUGAUUGUCUUGCCCAUUGUGGCACAAGUUGGUGCAUCCAUGGAGCAAGACCCACACCCGCGACUGCUUGUGUUGGGUGCAGCCAUGAUGGCCUCUGCUGCAAUGGGAUUACCCACUUCGGGCUUUCCCAACAUGACGGCCAUUAUGAUGGAGAAUGAAGUGGGUGUUCGGUACCUCUCCGUCAAGGACUUUCUCAAGAGUGGCUUGCCGGCGAGUCUUUUAGCAUUUGGCGUUGUCACGACGGUUGGAUUUGGAUUGACCAAGGUAGCUGGGCUAUAA